UUCGCAUCUGGAUUUUCGCGUCGAUCCACGCCCACGGGACCGCCCGCUUCUCCUCAGCCAGUCCGCACUCUUCUUUGAGGUUUCAAGUCUUGACGCGAGAGACCUGUCCUGCUCUGCCGUCGCUCUUUCACUUUGUCGUUCUUGUCUUUCUCUCAAUGGCCGAUGUGAUUUGCAUUCAGCAGCGCAAUAGUUAAUGAGUGCCGGAUGCGCCCUCACUCCAGCAGACCGCUACAGUACGAAGAUGGCGUCGGAGGGAGCCAGCGGGGAGCAGCCUCCUCCGGUACAAACACUGGCAACCACCGUGCUGGGAAGUGUCGACGCGAAAUGUGAGUUCAACAUGGAUAACCUGAGCAAGCCAGAGCUGCUCACCCUGCUGAGUAUCAUGGAGGGGGAGCUGGAGGCCCGCGACCUGGUCAUAGAGGCCCUGAGGGCACGUAGGAAGGAGGUGUUUCUCCAGGAGCGCUACGGCCACUACAGCCUGACCGACCCCUUCCUGGCACUGCAGAGGGACUUUGAGUGUGGGGUCCCUGGGGCUGACAAGGAGAGACGGCCCUUGGGCUCCAGCCCGAUCUCUGUCCUGGAGGCUGUCAUGGCCCACUGCAGGAAGAUGCAGGAGCGCAUGUCAGCACAGCUGGCUGCUGCUGAGAGCCGCCAGAAGAGGCUGGAGAUGGAGAAGCUACAGCUCCAGAGUCUUGAGCAGGAGCACCGCAAGCUGACGGCACAACUGAAAGACGAACGUGAAAAGAACAAGCAUAUAGUGAUGAUGCUGGUGCGUGAAUGCAAACAGUUAGCCACGCGGGUGGUGGAGGAGUCGCAGCGCUUCGACGAGCUCCAAGCUCGCCUGGAUGAGGAGAGCCGCAUGUCCGGCCGACUGCAGGAGGAGCUGAGCACCGAGCGGCAGCGCAGCCAACAGAUGGAGGCCAAAAUGGAGAAGCAGCUGUCAGAGUUUGACACAGAACGGGAGCAGCUGCGCGCCAGGCUAGGCCGCGAGGAGGCCGAGAGCCACAGCCUGCGACGACAGGUGGAGCAGCUCAGGACUGAACGGGUCGAUGGGAAGGAUGGUGCCACCAUCAGUCAGCCUGCCGCUGCUACUGCAGCAGAAGCUGCUCUCACGACUAGCACGCCACCCAAACCCAAGGCCCUGACUUCUGUCGCCGUGGCCACAGAUCCCAUCAGCUCUCGGACGACAUCUUGCCAAACUGACCUGGCCCCCACUGAAGUGGAGGGCACCAAGAAGACACCUCUCACCAUCCCCGUCAAACCUACCCCUGCCAAUUAUGUGGGCCUGAGCCUGCCCAAAUCAGCCGGCCGGGGGAUCGUCCAUAGCAGCUCAGGAGGACUGGCUCAGACAGAGAAUGGCUCAGAAGGCCAGACACCCCAUGGCCUGCCCAGCGGGGUCAGCCCGCGAGUCCAGGCAGCCCGCUACAAGUUCCAGGAACAGGACCAAAACGGCACAGCCUCCCAGAGUCCUCCAGCCCGCGAUCUCUCCCCCACCAACCGUGACAACUUUGCCGCCAAGCAGCAGGCGCGUCACACUGUCACGCAGGUCCUCUCACGCUUCACCAGCCCUCCAGCAGGGGGCACUGGGCCUCUGCGUCCAGGCCUGCCCCACUCUGCCUCAGAGGGAGGCCCUUUCCCCAGCCGCCUGAGCCACCCCAUUGGCCUCAAGUCACCCACAGUGGCCAGGAUCGACAGGGGAAACCCGCCACCCAUCCCGCCCAAAAAGCCUGGGCUGUCCCAGACCCCCUCCCCACCUCACCCACCCAUCAAAGUAGUGGGGGACGGCAGCCGCUCUCCUGGGGCUGGGCUAAAACCAGCCACGCCCCAGCUGCCGCCCAAACCUGCCCUGGACCUGGUCCCAGCCCUGACAGCCUCUCAGGUGGGUGCCUGCCCCCCCUCCCGCUCCCCUGGGUGUGUCCAGGGGCCUCAGCGGCAGCCGGCAGCAUGUGCAGAGUGCCCCCCUGUCAUCAGCCCCGCCACCACUGUCAGUAGCCCCUCCAUAAACCCCCCCUCCACCUCCUCCUCCGCUAGUGCUCCAUCCUCCCGUAGCCCCUGUGCCCCAGCAGGCAGCCCCUUGGCAACAGCAUCAGGCUGGUGUCCCUCCAUAGUCUCUUCUCUAAGCAGCGGUGGGCCUGCUGCCCUGGACGGCAGGCACCCCAUGCUCCUCCAAGCUGCUUCCCAGGGAAAUGUCACUUUAUUGUCAAUGCUGCUUAACCAACCAGACCCGACCACCAACACCACCUCUACCAUGAACACCACCUCUACCACCACCAUGGAGAACAAGCCCAGUCAUCUCGACCAAGACCACCACAACCACAACCACAAUCACAAUCACAACCACAACCACAACCACAACCAAACAUCUGCCUUGUUUGCUGCUGCCCAGAAUGGACACACAGAGUGUGUGAAGCUGCUGCUGUCUUAUGGCUCGUCUGCUAAUGUUUCGGAUGAAAAUGGAUUCACGCCUUUACACUUAGCUGCCGCCCAUGGCCACAGCAACUGUGUGGAGGUGCUGCUGUCUGCAGGAGCUGCUGUGGACGAGGCGGCGGCGGGGGGGCAGACCUCCCUCUUCCUGGCCAGUGAAGCAGGAAGGUUGGACUGCAUCCGUGUCCUGCUCGGCGCCGGAGCCAACCGCUCGUGCACCACCACCGACGGCUGCACGGCUUUGCAUGCGGCGGUUGGUGCAGGACACAUGGACUCGCUGCGUCUCCUCCUCUGCCACCCAGUCCAGCAUGACCCUGCUGUGACCCUGGACUCUGACACCCUGACACUACCCGCCACCUUGCUCAACCAGGCCAACACAGACGGGUGGACGGCAGCACACAUGGCUGCUGCCCGGGGCCUCAAGGAGUGUCUGGAGGUACUGUGCAGCCACACUGAACAGGACAUUGAGAGGAGGGAUAAGUGUAAUCGUACCAUUCAUGAUGUGGCGACCGACGACUGCAAAGACCUGCUGGAAAACCUGCACUCCUACAGGGUCCUGGUGCGUCUCCAGUGUUCCGGUGGAGGAGGAGGUACAGAGUCCAUGUGUCCAGUGGAGGCACUGGAAGAGGAGGCGGAGGGCGGUGCCAGCAGUCUGCUGGUGCUGGGCAGGGUGUGUGUGGACCGGACGACGCGCUGGGCUCAGCUGGGCAUUGCUCUCGGCCAGGCCCUCACCUCCCACCUCCAGCUCCUCUGCAGAGACUCUCAGCAGGCCAGGGAGGAGGCGCAGCACCCCCUGCUUGGCCUCAGCCCUGCCAGCGUUGCCUCUGUCCUCAUCGGAGACACGGUGUGGUUGCCAGGGCAGGAGCUGCCUUUAUCCCCCUGGGACCUGGUCAGAAAGCCUCUCAGCCAGCGCAUUACCGUCCGUCUCAAAGGUCUGUCUGAUUCGUGUCUGGAUGAGCUGGCACUCGAAUCCCUCCUCCCCCUGCCGCUGCUGCACAACUACGUCCGCCUGGUGGAACAGUAUGGGAACCUCAUCUUCCACGGGCUGGAGGACAGCUGCCAGGUCUAUAUAGCCAAUCUGAUCGCUCGCUGUAUCAAGUCCAAGCAGGAGGCGAUGGGAGUCGGCUGUGACGUGGUGAAGGUGGAGGUGGAGGAGAGCCUGACCAAAGAGCAGCUGCUGGAGACUUUCAUCAAUUGCGGCUUCCUGGUACCUGCAGGGGGGUCGGGGAACGGCGAGCCAGCGGGUCAUACUGGUCACUGUGUGGUGGUUCUGCUGGAGGGACUGGAGAGGGCUUCCUCCCUGUCCAGCCUGCUUGGCGACCUCUGCCACAGUUUGGACAACAGGGGCUCGGGCUACCCGCUGGCCUUGCACAACGGUCCCCACCACUUCCAGGAAGGCAGCUUCCUGAUCGGCACAUUGUCCAAACCCCGCCUCCAGGGCUCAGAGCUCCGCCUUCAGCAGCAUUUCCGCUGGGCGACGCUGCGAUGGGACCAGGAGCCGCUGCAUGGCCUGCUGGGAAGGCACCUCCGCAGGAAGCUGCUUCACAAGAUGGGGACAGGAGUUUGGGCGCCCGAGGGCAUCAUGGAGCGCUCAGUGUUGUGGGUGAGCCAGGUUUGGCAGCAGCUCAACGCCUGUCUGUCCCGUCUGGGAACCCAUGAAGCUUUGCUGGGCCCCCAGCACUUCCUGUCCUGCCCCGUUGUUCCACACAACACGCAGGCCAUUGUCAAGUGGCUGGCUCGGCUUUGGAACGCUGUAGUCGUCCCUCGUGUGGAGGAAGCCAUUGUCUCCCGGGUAACAGCCAAGCGCUCCUCAUCCUCCUCAUCGCCGUCGUCCCAGCGACCGUCUCCUAGCAACCGCGGGCUGAGCACUGGCCAGCAGGCUGUGGUGAAAGCUGCCCUCAGCAUCCUGGUCAACAAGGCCGUUCUGUUAGGCUGCCCCCUGCCUAGACAUGAGGUCGACAGGUACCUGCUGGAGUUUCGGGGCGGGACCUUCCCUCUGUCAGCCAUUGGAUCCUGUAAAGAAAGCGGAGGCAGAGGAGGCAGGAAGGGGCGGGACAGUGGCAUGUGGAGACGAGCCAAUACCAGCCCUCGGAAGAAGGCAACCCCCUCCUCCAACUGGAGCUGCAGCGGCUCCCUGAGAGAGGGCUCUCUGUCCAACACUGAUGUCCACCUAAUCUCCAGUGGUAACGUCCAGAGGGAGCCUUUAGGUCUGUCUCUCUUCUCUGAUGAUGAGACUGAUCUGAUCCGAGAACUACAGACCAUGUGCUCCAGCAAGUCAGAGCCAGACAUCAGCAAGAUCGCCCAGACCAAAGACGACUUCAUUGUGUUCUCCGGCUCCUCCAGAGGAGCGGCGCCGCCCCGCAGAACCGAGCAGGAAGCCACCAUCCAGCCACAAGCACAGACGGCCGCCGUGCGCCAGUCCAGCCGCAGCCCGGCCCAGACAGCCGCCCCGAGCGGCGACCGGCGCUCAGCCCCCCGCGCCAAGUCCCAGCUCCCCGUCCCGAGCAGCAGGGGGCAGCAGACGCGAGCCGCCACAUCGGCCAUCAGCAGCAGCAUCAGUAACGGCAGCAGCAGCAGCCCCAGCCGAACCCAGACGCCCGCCAACCGCAGCAGAACCACCGGCAGCAGCAAAACAAAGCAGGCUCCGCCCAGCAGCAGCAGCAGCAGCAGCAGCAACAACAACAACAACAACAACUACCGCAACAGCGUCAACGCCAACAGCCAAACGCAUGAGGACAUCUGGAUCCUCCACAGAGACCUGCAUGAAAACAACAACAACAAGUAGACAUCUUCCUCCCUCCCCCUCCUCCUCCUCCUCCUCCUCCACACCGCUGUGAACCUCCCUCCAUGAUGUAAAGAUUAGACCCAUGACGACCUUUGACCUUUUAGUAUUUGUACUUGUUAUCCGUACUUGUUACACUGUACUACAGUUGUGUACUUGGGGACCAUAGUUUUAUUCUACUACAGUAUUGAAGUAUUGAGCGUUAGGAGGGGAAACAGAGAGAUUUGCAGGGAAAUUAUGUGAGCAACGUAGAAGGUAAGGUAACAAGGCGAUUUUACCACUGCCUUAUUUCAGUGUAUGAACAUGUGGAUUAACCUAUGGGAAAGUAUUGUAUGUAUCCACUACAAAGAUACUGCCUGUGAAAUCUAAGAUGUGACAAAAUACUGGAUUGGUGGAAACCAUGGAAAGACAGAACUACCACAGUAUUUUUGCGUACUUCCUUCUCCAUAGAUGAAUCCACUGGAAUAAGGCCGCUGUCAGAGUUACUAAGGUACUCACACAGGUUUUACCUUUUGGUGAAAGUGUUUCUGGAUCAAAGUAAGAACACGCAGGUUAAUUAUUAUUUUUAUUAUUAUUAUUUUAUUUUUUUUUGCUAUUAAGUAUUUUCAGAUAUUCAAGUGUUUUAUCUUUAAAUAGUUGCAAGGUGGUUUUAAAUACUGUUGAAAAUUAAUCAGGGUUUUACCAAAUAUAUUUGUAAAUAAGAAUUAGUAACUUUAAAUGGUAUAUAGAUUGGUGUAUGUGGUAUGACGCUUGUACAGUGAAGAAAACUUAAAGCAAAACUGCUGAAAAAACAAAAAACAAAACAACUUGUACAUAGUGUUUGUAAAACGAGUUUGGUUCUGAACCUUUCACUUGUUUCAAAGUGAAGGGAAUGUGGCAAUAAGUAAAUAAAUUGCAUAAACAUGCGACAUCCUCUGUCAACUGUAAGCCAUAAUAAAUAUUUUAAAUAUCUUUGAUUUCACCCGAGUCAUGGUUCGAUUCAGCCGCAGUUGAGCCCUAAGUUGUGAUUAACAAACCAUUUUUUGUUUUGUUUUGGUCCACCUCCACUUCCCAUUACCACUCACAACACAUACAUAUAUACAGUGUGUGUAUAUAUAUAUAAAUCUAAUGUACAGAAGAGAUUUUAGUCAACCUAUGGUGUUGAUCUGUAUCAUAGCUGUCUGAGGUUUAAAGAAUUGUCUUUGAAGCACAAACAUUAAAACGGCACAGUUCAAAAAUC